AUGCAGUACGUCAGAAGCCUCAGCGGCUCCGUGUCCAAGACAUGGAACUCUAUCAAUCCCGCCACGUUAAGCGGAGCUAUUGAUGUGAUUGUCAUAGAGCAAGAGGAUGGAACCCUUGCCUGCUCGCCCUUCCAUGUCCGCUUCGGAAAGUUCUCGCUUUUGCGCCCAUUUGAGAAAAAGGUGGAGUUCAAGGUCAAUGGAGUCAAACAACAGUAUGCAAUGAAGCUUGGAGAAGCGGGUGAGGCAUUUUUCGUGUUCGAAACUACCGACGAGAUCCCCGCGUCACUACAGACUUCCCCGCUAGUCUCGCCCGCUAGCAGCCCAAAGGUGCCCACCGAAGAGUUUGGGUCGCUUCAGGAACCAGAGUAUUUGGACUUGGAGAAGAAUGGGGAUGUUGUCUCUGAGGGGGCGAAGACUCCACCUAAUAUACCGAUAUCACGACAAUCGCGAGCUGCAACUGAUCUAGGUACAAUAACGCCUCUGUCACGGUCUCCCGACGGCUCAGACCUGCAUCACGACUCUUUCAAUAACCAUCGAAGCAAACCAUCUCUCGACCAUUCGGUAUCUGAGGAUUUACUUUCGACUAGCCUCCCUCGGGCUGCGACCGAGCAGCUAUCCUCUUCGCCCACCGGCUCAACUCAGGACGAGGACGCAGCACAAGCUCGUUCUCGUAGUCCACCUCCGGUAUCUGUAGAAGAAGCGAUGUCCCGUGCUAUGUCUCUGUCCAAGAAACUUACAGGUUCCAACAUUCAAUCACAUGUCACGGAAACAGGCGAUCUGAUGCUGGACAUGACUGGUUACAAAAGCAACGAGGAAGAUGCCCUUCGGGCCGAGGUUCUCGCUCGCAAGAUUCUCGCGGAGGAACUAGAAGGGAGCUACGAUAUUGGUGCACUCAUUGGAGCCGACGAACAUGGGAACCUCUGGAUCUAUAGUAGCGAAGAGGCAAAAGAAGCGGCUGAUCGGAGAGCGGCCAUCAAUUCGAUGCGGCCCAGCACAGUCCUGAGCGAUGAUGCAAUCUCGGACCCAGGGUAUCACAGCGAGGGUGAUCAUCAUAUUACCCCUGGGCUACCGAUUGGGGCCCGCCACCACCGAACCAAGUCCGAUGUCCAGCCUGGCUUUCCUACACCCCCUCAAACUCCAAUGCAUGAUUCGUUUGCCGUCGAAACCCGCAAUUAUGCGAAGACAUUGCGAUUGACCAGUGAUCAACUCAAGGCUCUUCAAUUGAAACCAGGAGCCAACACCAUGUCCUUCAGCGUGAACAAAGCUACAUGCACCGCGUCAAUGUAUUUGUGGAACGGCAACACUCCGAUUGUGAUUUCAGACAUUGAUGGAACGAUCACAAAGUCGGAUGCGUUGGGCCACGUUCUGAAUAUGAUUGGACGGGACUGGACCCAUACUGGAGUCGCCAAAUUAUACACCGAUAUUGUGAACAACGGCUAUAAUAUAAUGUACCUCACUAGUCGAUCCGUUGGUCAAGCCGAUACUACACGGGCAUACCUCUAUGGUGUCUGCCAGGAUGGAUACCGGCUUCCCAGGGGCCCUGUGAUUUGCAGUCCAGAUCGUACGAUGGCUGCACUCAGGCGAGAAAUUUACCUCCGGAAGCCUGAAGUCUUCAAAAUGGCAUGUCUUCGGGACAUUCUUAACCUAUUUUGUGGGAAGGAGAACCCAUUCUACGCUGGGUUUGGCAAUCGAUUGACGGACGCCUUGAGCUAUCGAACUGUCAACAUCCCGUCCACACGAAUUUUUACCAUCAACUCCAACGCUGAGGUUUCCCUGGACCUGCUUAGUCUUAACAAGUAUAAGAGCAGCUAUGUCAGCAUGCGGGAAUUGCUCGAUCAUUUCUUCCCUCCUACCAGUCUUCUGGUACACUCCGGUGGUGAAGAAUAUACGGAUUUCACCUACUGGCGGGACACGCCACAGAAUUUGGAGGAUUUUUCACCCACCGACAGCGAAGAUGAAGACGAGGAUGACGAAGCAGCAGACGAAGACGAAGAUGCGGACGAAGAAGACUACGAUGAUGAGCUCAGCGACGGCGACGAAUAUCCUGAUGAUGAAGAAGGCACUGAUCUUGGUGCCAGCUACCUUUCGCAAGGCUCGGUCUUGUCUAAUCCGGCGGGAUCAAUUCUGGAGUCUGUAGAGGGAGAUCUGAAUCCUCUGGACCUUGAGUCAGAAGUCGAGGAAGACGAAGGCCUGCCAGAAAUAAUCAAAUCCGCAGGCAUCAAAUCCCUGCCGCUUCGUCCCAAGCCUUCACAAGAUGCCUGA